AUGUUCUCUUUGGACGACGGCAAACAAAAAAAACUGCUAAACGAGCCAGAAGUCGUGCCGGAAGAGCUGCUCUACGCCUCGCAAAAGGAAGAGGACAAAAGUGAAGAGGGGCCGGAGAUUAUCAAGCUUCCGGAUCAGCCACAAGCCACGCCCUGCACUAUACCACUAGCCACGCCCCACGCCUCGAGAUUAUUGCCGGAUGUCAACCAGGACGACAGCUCGUGCCGCGCCAAGUCCGAUACCGGCGAAACGCGAGAGAUUAUCAAGCUUCCGGAUCAGCCACAAGCCACGCCUCGCACUAUACCACUAGCCACGCCUCACGCCUCGAGAUUAUUGCCGGAUGUCAACCAGGACGACAGCUCGUGCCGCGCCAAGUCCGAUACCGGCGAAACGCGAGAGAUUAUCAAGCUUCCGGAUCAGCCACAAGCCACGCCUCGCACUAUACCACUAGCCACGCCUCACGCCUCGAGAUUAUUGCCGGAUGUCAACCAGGACGACAGCUCGUGCCGCGCCAAGUCCGAUACCGGCGAAACGCGAGAGAUUAUCAAGCUUCCGCCUCACGCCUCGAGAUUGUUGUCACAGGUCACUCCGGUCGUCAGCCAAGAGGACAGAGGUGACGUGAACGGGAAGAUGGUGGAUAGAGAACUGAGCCGGCAGAUAAAAGCGGUUGACGAAAUGGUGAAACGUUUCGCAGAAGUAUCCCGCCUGGAGUUCCCGGGCGUGGACGAGAAGGAUGAAGCGUUGGCCUCGAGCGGAGGUUUGAAGCGGCAAAAGAUCGAACCAGUUGCCCAGGGUCCACAAAAUCCGCACCCUCCGAUAACCCUUACCCGAACACCACUCAAAUUGUCCGCCGUUGAAGCGUCCAACCUGGCUCGACUUGCGCGAGAGGUCGUCAAAGAGAACGGGUUUGAGGGGGUCGUUGAGGUGGUUGAGAGUAAGGUGGAGGAUUUUCAGCUGCCGGAAGGUGAGGGGAAGGUGGACAUUAUCGUUUCGGAGUGGAUGGGAUUCUUUCUGCUGCACGAGGGCAUGCUGGAUUCGGUGAUUUACGCGCGGGACAAGUUUUUGAAGCCGAGCGGGUUGAUGUUUCCGGAUACGGCCACGAUUUAUGUGGCUCCGUGCAGCGUGCCGGGCAGGUUCGACGAGUUUGAGAGCUUGUCGGGGGUGAGUUUGCGGUGCUUUGGGCGGGAGUUGCGCAAGCAAAAGUCGGACAAGCCGGAAAUAUUGAACGUGGGGGAUCAGCUGCUUCACGAGGGUCACAUCAUGGCGUGGUUGGAUCUGAAGGAGGUCAGCACGGACGAUUUGAACGAGUUCGACAUGAAGGAGGUGCUGAUCAUCCAGAGGGCGGGCAAGUUCCAGGGCGUUUGCAUUUGGUUCGACUGCAGCUUUCCCAGCGGGAACGCGAGCGAACCGACGAAGGAGGUGAUCCUGAGCACGAAUCCCAACAGUCCGGCGACGCACUGGAAGCAGAGCGUGAUUUUGCUGCCGGAGGAUGCGUGCGAGACGGUGGACAAGCUGGACCCGAUUGCGUUCAGUUUGAGCUUGGCGCGGAAUGCGGAACACCGACGAAGAUACAACCUGCAGCUGACGCUGCUGGACGCGGAAAAGGAAGAGCACAGCUUACCUUGCGAGUGCGUAAUGACCAAGUGCAUCCUUAUGAAGGCCCACCUGCAGUCGAUGGAGGUUGAUCAAUAAAGAGCGAGUGUUUUAAGACGAA